AUGAGAAGUUGGGUGAGCCCUUCCUCUUCCUCCUCGUCGAUCUCUUCGCGGCAGGGUCAGAUCGUGGCCUGGGAUUGGCCGCCGGGUUCGUCGAGCUGCUCGUACCCGCACUCCGACGGCCCGCCGCCUGCGUUAGCCCCGCCUUCGCGGGCCGUGGACAGCGAUGAGGAAGAAUUCGGCGGCAGUCCACGGGCGGCUAAAUGCGCUUGCCUGGAGUCCGGCUGCGGGGAUAGGGUAUGCACCGCAGAUCGGCCGGCCGGGGACGGCAGGGAUCGAAUCAGCGAUCUCCCAGACGCCGUCCUUCUGUCCGUCCUCUCCUUGCUCCCCCUCCGCGACGCCGGGCGCACGGCAGUUCUCUCGUCGCGAUGGCGCGGCCUGUUCGACCAAUCCCUCUUGGACUUCAACGCGUGCCAGCCGUUCCCACCGGAGGGAGGCCGCGGCGGCGGCUGGUUCAUCCGCGCGAUCACCGACAUCCUCGCCGCCCGCCCGCGCAUCCGCAUCCGGAGUUUCCGGUUCGUCAUGUACGGGUGGGGGUUCGACGUCCGCCUGAGCGUCGUCGACGGCUGGUUCCGAGCCCUCGCGCGUCACGGCGUGCGGGAAAUCGACGUCGACAUGUUCUACGCAAUCUCCAUGCCGACUCUCCCUGGGUCCCUCCUCGAGCUCGCCUCCCUCGAAACCCUCAAAGUGCAUUACUGCAGAUUUCCGGAUGCCUGGCCGGCGCCGGUGCCGGCGCCCGCGCCGCGGCUCCCCGCCCUCAAGAUACUCGACCUGUCUAGUGUGAACGUGUCCCAGGACUCCCUGCAGGCCAUCCUAUCCCACUGCAACUCCCUGGAGUGCGUGAAGCUCAAGAACAUCAUUGGACUGGACAAGAUUUGCCUCCGGUCCAAGAGCCUAGCACGCCUGUACGGUGACUUCGGCGACUUGAAAGAGCUCGUUGUUGAGGACGCCCCAAACCUCGAAGAAUUGGUGGGGAUUGGUUUGCCGAGCGGCAAGGUGAAGGUGAAGAUCGUUUCCGCGCCCAAGCUGCAGGUGCUGGGGUACCUCGGGAUCACCGUCCGGCCACUGAUCCUCUAUGACACCGUGUAUGAUGGAGGGAUCGUAAAGCUCAGCACAAUGAUGCACAGUGUUAAGACUUUGGCCAUCCAGGUGCCCUUCUCCGAGAAGGGAUACACCGUCUUUGUUGUUCAAUUGCUCAAAUGUUUCCCCUGUCUCGAGGUGCUCCGUGUCGAGCCUAAUAAGCAGUCCAUUUCCCAGCGGGUCAGUGUUGAAGGAUGGGACACUGCAAAUUCUAUUAAGUGCAUUGAGCAUUCGAUCAACAGAGUGGUGUUCGAGUAUUUUGGAGGGGAAGACUGCCAGUUGGGAUUUCUGACCUUUCUGCUUAGGAUGGCCAGAGCUCUGAAGCUUGUCGAGCUCUACUGUUGGACAAGCAAAGAUUGGGACAGUGACCAGAUUGAGCUAGUGGAGCCUAAACAUAGAGCAUCUCCGGAUGCCGAGAUCCAUUUUUUGGGAAUCUAUAAGCCGGCCAGUGACCUUUACCUAUGCCACUGCUGCACUCAGCGAUGCCAGAAGGAAAACAGAGUUGCUCUGUUAUAA